GUGCGGCCCUGGCGGGCUGAAUUGCAGCAGCAGCAGCAGCAGCAGCAGCAGCAGCAGCGGCCGGAGUCCGUUGGGGGGUCUGCUGUGUGAGGUUUUCCGGUGGGUCCCAGCUUGUCGAGCGCACUGCCCGCUGCUCGCUGUCCCAGGCGCUGCUGGAAAGGAAUAAUGCUGUCAGCAUGUCAGCACACUCCAUGCUCUGUGAACGAAUCUCCAUAGCCAAAGAACUGAUCAAGAGAGCAGAAUCACUUUCUAGAUCAAGAAAAGGUGGCAUUGAAGGUUCUGCAAAGCUGUGUAGCAAAUUGAAGGCUGAAUUAAAAUUUUUACAGAAAGUAGAAGCUGGGAAAGUAGCUAUUAAGGAAUCCCAUUUGCAGAGCACUAAUUUAACACACCUAAGAGCCAUAGUGGAAUCAGCAGAAAACCUGGAAGAAGUUGUUAGUGUUCUCCAUGUCUUUGGUUACACAGAUACCUUGGGAAAAAAGCAGACCCUUGUGGUGGAUGUUGUUGCAAAUGGUGGUCAUACAUGGGUAAAAGCCAUUGGCCGAAAGGCUGAAGCUCUGCAUAAUAUUUGGCUGGGAAGGGGCCAAUAUGGUGACAAAAGCAUCAUUGAGCAAGCUGAAGACUUCCUUCAGGCCAGUUACCAGCAGCCAGUGCAAUAUAGCAAUCCUCACAUCAUCUUUGCAUUUUACAACAGUGUCUCCAGCCCCAUGGCAGAGAAGCUAAAAGAAAUGGGCGUAUCUGUGAGGGGAGAUAUAGUAGCAGUUAACUCGCUGUUAAAUCACCCUGAAGAACAGCAACCCAUUAAGAGAGAAUCAGAUGAUGAGGGCCCUGAACUUUUCCAGGUGACCAGAGUAGACCGAGAAAAUAUACUAGCAAGUGUUGCAUUUCCUACAGAAAUUAAAGUUGAUGUGUGCAAAAGAGUAAAUCUGGACAUUACUACUUUAAUCACAUAUGUAUCUGCCCUCGGCUAUGGAGGUUCCCACUUUAUCUUUAAAGAAAAAGUGCUCACAGAACAAGCAGAGCAAGAGAGGAAAGAGCAGAUUCUACCACAGCUUGAGGCAUUUAUGAAGGACAAGGAGCUGUUUGCUUGUGAAUGUGCUGUCAAGGAUUUUCAGUCUAUUCUAGAGACUUUAGGAGGACCUGGGGAGAGGGAAAGGGCCACUAUGCUAAUUAAGCGAAUUACUGUUGUGCCAGACCAGCCUUCUGAGCGGGCCUUAGGACUAGUGGCCAGUUCAAAAAUCAAUAGUCGUUCGUUAACAAUUUUCGGGACAGGAGAUACCCUAAAAGCCAUCACAAUGACCGCCAAUAGUGGUUUUGUCAGAGCUGCCAACAACCAAGGUGUUAAAUUUAGUGUGUUUAUCCAUCAACCCAGAGCACUUACUGAGAGCAAAGAGGCUCUAGCCACCCCCUUACUAAAAGACUACACAAUUGACACUGAACGCUGAUGAUAUCUUUUACAUAUCAUCAUGGAUCUCUGGCUGGUGUGGCUCAGUGGACUGAAUGCCAGCCUGCGAACCAAAGGGUUGCUGGUUGGAUUCCCAGUUAGGGCACAUGCCUGGGUUGCCAUCUAGUUCCCCAGUAGGGGGCGCUCAAGAGGCAACCACACAUUGAUGUUUCCCUCUCUCCCCAUCUCUAAAAAUAAAUAAAUGAAAUCUUUAGAAAUAUAUAUUAUCAUGGAAAUAAGUUUUUAUACCAGAGACUGGGUCUUCCUAUCUUAAUUGGGAGAAAAAAAUCUAUAGUAAAAAUAAUAACUGAGAGUUCAGAGUUGAUUUGUUUCUCAUCUAUAAAGUAUAUAACUUCCUAAAAUAGAAAAACACAAGAGCUUAUUUAUCAAGCUGUCUACAUUAUAGUACCUAAAAACAGAAGUACAUCUAUGUAAGGCUUUUAGCUGUGUCACAAUGCUUUUAUUUGUUUGAUUCAGUAGAGCUACAACCCCACCUACUGGUAAUCACAUUUCAUGGGCUGUGGCUGCACAGCAUCUUGCAUUAAAUAUCUGGUGAAAACAAGCUUGUUUUUUAUUAUAUGGGUCUAUCAGUUGGUAAUGGGUUGAAGCUAGGAGAAAUAGUGUGUAAUUAAUUUUAGAUUCUAAAGUUACAGGCAUUAUCAAUGAAGAGAAACUAAUUGCUAUGUGUCAGGUGCAGUCUGGGUAUGUUUAUGAAGAGUAAUAUAGAAUAAGUGCUUUCUUGUUUUUCUUUUCUUUUUAAAAGUAAAUUCUGACCUUGCAAGUCCUAUGGAUCUUUUGAUACACCUUUGUAAAAAGAAAGAUAGCUGACAAUUACACUACUAUAAACUAGGACAUUUAAGGUAAAAUAUUAAUUUGAACAAAUUAAAAGAGAAUUAUGUAAAACAUUGAAAAGAAAUUCAGAUCUUUUAAAUACAAACAGCCCCCAUAUUGCAAAUAUUUGGAUUAUGAAUCCUAUUUUCGCUUUUUCUUUUGUAAGUAGCAAGUGAAAACUGCAUUUAUCUCACUGUUGUGAAAUAGUAGCAGGGAGAUUGCAUACCUGUUGAAUGACACUUUGUAAUUGAGAAGAGAUUUUUAUGUCAAGGUUGUGCUAGGUACUUAAUUUGUAACAAGGUGAACAAAUUAGCAUAGAUAUGUAUUCACGUUUUAAAAAUGAAAAAAUGGAGCCUUAGGGCUUAGACUAUGUGGGAGCUAGUAUUAAAUGAUUUCAUAUCAUUACAGCCUAACCUCUUUCUACUGUGCCAAUUCCUAUUUUGUGAGAAGGGAAGUUGAAAUUUGAUCAUUGGGGCCCAGGAACAUUCUGGAACAAAAUGCAAAAUUCAGUGUAUGGGGCAUUUUAGAGAUUCUGUUACUCAGAAUAUAUUUUCUAGGGUGGAAUGCUGUAAUUCGUGUUCCAUUUUAAUGCAAUGAGGUAUACAGGGUCUGGCAGAAGUUAUGCCUAUGUGAGUGUGGUUGAUAGUGUAAUUAUAAAGGAGUAAUAAUUUAUAGUUUUAAUUUGAACAUUUCAGCUAAAAUGUCAUAUGGUGUGCUUGCAUGUGACACUGUUUUGUUACAGAAUUACGUGCUUACGAUUUUGUAAUAAAAGAUUUUGUAAUGAAAAAGCAUUAUUUGUGACAGAUCCUGUAUUUAAC